AUCAAUAGCUGUACAUCGCGAAAUGCGCAAGGUUCGGUACAAUUUACUUGAGGACGGUUCCUCGGUGAAGGAUGCGAUAAAUUCGGUAGUGGAGCGCGGUCCACGGGACGAUCCGGUUCACAUACUCGAUUUGGAUGAUGUGGUGGCGAAGCAUCGCGUCUGGCGGGAAAUGCUGCCGCGUGUGGAAACUUUCUAUGCUGUGAAAUGCAACGAUCACCCGGCUGUUCUCCGAACACUGUUCGCUCUUGGAACCGGCUUCGAUUGUGCGUCCAGGCGGGAGAUUGAAAAAAUUAUUGAUCUAGGAGCAGAUCCAAGCAGGAUAAUCUUCGCACAUACGACUAAAUCAAUCAGUUCUAUCACUUUCGCCAAGCAAUGCGGUAUUGAGCUGCUAACAUUCGAUGGCGAAAUAGAGUUAGAUAAAAUCAAGCAAUUCCAUCCAGGGGCAUCAUUGGUUCUUCGGAUUCGAUAUGACUCUGACAAAGCCUUGAUUUCACUGGGGAAGAAGUUCGGUUGCCAUCCGAAGCAGGAAGGACCUCAGUUACUGGAAUAUGCGAAAGAACUUGGUUUGAACGUGAUUGGUAUCAGUUUUCAUGUUGGUACCGGUAGCAGUGAUCAUGAAUGUUUCUAUGGAGCCAUCGAAUCUGCGCGGGAAUUGUUCGAGUUUGCGAAAACGAUUGGUUUCAAUUUUUCUUUGCUGGACAUCGGUGGAGGUUUCCCGGGAGAUCACGACAAACCAAUCAAUUUAUAUGCGGAAACCAUCAACAGCAGUCUUCAGCGAUUCUUUCCCGUUGGAUCCAAUGUUCGGAUAAUUGCAGAACCGGGUCGAUAUUACGUGGCAUCAGCGGUCACCUUGAUCGCGAAUGUUCACUCAAAACGGAUUGUACGAAAUCCUCAGGGAGCGGUUUCGGAAAUGAUGUACUAUCUGAACGAUGGAAUGUAUGGUUCAUUCGAUGGGUGGAAUCCUCGCACGCACCCGCCCUUGGUGAUCUCAGCUAGUCGUGACAUUGCACGCUCACCGGAACGUUUUCCUACGGUUCUUUGGGGUCCCACGUGUGAUUCCGUGGAUCUGAUUUCGUCUGGGUUGCUGAUGGAGGAGCUGCAAAUUGGUGAUUUCCUAGUGUUCGAUGAUAUGGGAGCGUACGGAAUGGCCGUGGCGACCAACUUCAAUGGAUUUGCGAAACCUCGGGUGUUGGUUUAUAUCAGCCGAAGAACCUGGGAACAAUUGAAAUAGGAUAAGUUGAAGUUAGUACACGUGGAAAACACAGAAUUUGUAUGAGAUUAGUGUGUUUCGACGUCUGAAAAUGUGUGUGAAUUGAAACGUGAGGUAGUAAAUCGAUAUACUUUAUGUUCAUGAGGAUAUUUCCGAAUCUGCUCAAAAGUGCAAACAGAAGAAAGAUGAAUGGAAAACAAUCAGUAUUAUGAUAAUCAAGUGAUUUUUUCCUAAGAAUGUAUAAUUUAUUGAUAACUGAAUUCUGUUAAAAUCAAGUUCAUACUAAAUGUUUUUACAAC